CGAAGGUGGAGACAGGAGACAUUUGAUUGGUUAAACCACACGGUUCACGUGAAGACUCAGGGGGCACGACUCAGGAGCAGUAUCUCAUUAAAUAGCCCUUGGAUGUCUUUAGAGAACAUUCACAUGAGCCGUCGAAAGGGGUGAUAUAGUAACAACGUUUAGAAUGGAAACAACUGGAAGGUGAUAUUCCGAAGGUAUUCAGUGUGUUUAUUCUCUGUUCUUCAAGCCAAUUACAGAUGGACAUUAUUAGAGUGAUUUUGGAGUGAGUAUUCCAUAUCAUUCUGGUCUUUGCUAGAACAACUUUUAGCUCUGCUCCAUACAACGUCCAGUCCGAGAAUGAACUGUACACAAAUGCUUCAAAUGUUUGUCGGCCACUCCAUACCCCAGCAGUCUGCCAUGCCAGUGGACCUCGCCAUGCGACUGUGCCUGAGCCAGAGCCUGCCCCUCUGUCGUCUACAGGGUGUGUCCCCUCUGAAGGUCCUGAGACCUCACCUUCACACCAAAGACUACCGGUCUCCCAGAGCCAGCCUUCACACUGCUGCGCCGCACUCCUCAUCUUCAUCCUCCUCCUCCCCAGAGCGGUCUGAGACCAAGAGCUGUGUGCGCAGGAGCAGUGCCAGCCCUAAGAAGAAGCGUGUAGUGUUUGCUGAUACUAAGGGGCUGUCUCUCACUGCAGUGCGACUAUAUAUCCCAGACAACUCCUUUUCCACAACCCAGAGGGCUGACUCUUCUUCCCCCUCUACCUCCUCCCCUCCUAUCAGACCGCAGGGCCUGUGGCCGGGUCCUGUCGGUGGGAAGCAGCAGCUCUUGAGAUUAAGUCUGGCCUUCCCCCAACCCAUGGCAGACUUCAAGACCUUCCAAGCCCGCCUGCAGGAGGUCCUGGUGCAGCUGGAGAGCUGCAGUGUGACUGAGCGAUCACUGAGUGGCACCGUGCGUGUCUGCAAUGUCAGCUUUGAGAAGACUGUGUACGUGCGAGUAACCUUUGACUCGUGGCGAAGCCACCAGGACAUCCCCUGUUCCUACCUGCAGCAACGCUACGGGGCCACAGAGACUGACGUGUUUGCCUUUGAUGUCCCCCUCCCCCAAAACCUGGAUCCCAGCGAGCGUCUGGAGUUCUGUGUGUUGUUCCGGCCAGGCAGUGGGGCCGCGCUGCGUUGGGACAACAACGGGGGACAGAACUACUGUGUGUGUGUAGAGCCUGAGGGGGCUGUGUAUAGUAAAGCCCCGGUACAGCGCCGCAUCACCACUCCCCACUCCCUCCAACGUCCCCCCUCAUGGCCAAGGAGUGGGGGAACCAGCCUGAAGAGCCCUCUUUUCCCUGAACUCUCCCACCCCUCAGCCUUCAUCAGCCAGAGUUCAGGGUGACUGGAUAACUGUCACUUUCUGGUAGAGUGAACUCUCCCUAGUUUGGUCAGGAAGCGAGCCAGCCUUGCCAUUUCUGAUUCAGGUGUGGAUCAAAGUAGCUGUCUCAACUGCCAACUGGGCAAUCUGUUGCUUAGAAAAUGUGCAAUGUUAAACCUGAUUUUUAAUCUUGAUCGAGGAAGUGACUCAUUGAAUUGACUGUUAAAAUGGAAUGACCCCAUCUCAUGGUAGAGGUUAGGAGGACUAUAAUGUGUUCCUUUGUAGUGGCCCUUAACGUCCAUGGCUCAUCUGGGCCCCAACUAAUGUGAAAUUGAUUUGCACCAUUGUAUUUCUUACAGAUUUUAGUCCUGUGUUACUUUAUUUUUUUUACCCAUUUCAGUGGGUGAGUUUCCCAGCACCAAGAUCAUAAUAAGUUAUUAUUUUACUGUAUGUUGGCUUCUGGGAAACGUCCAGAGGUUUUUGUUUCAAGGUGUAUAUGAUGGACUAAUUGUACAAACUCAAUGCCCUCCCACUGAGGCUGGAUGUUGUUUAUAGCUGCCAUGCAGACUCUAACUUCAGCCACCCUGACUGGCCUUUGUACAAAUGUAAUAUGUGCUUUGAGUUUUUAUUAAACAUUUGAAAAUAAUAUUAAGUUCUCAUUCUAGUACUUGCACAUAUCACUUGUCAACUACUAAAUUGUAAUUACUUUGCCACUACGGCUUAUUUUUUAUUUAUUUUUUUUAUUGCCUCCUUACUUCAUUUGCACACACUGUACACAGAUGUUCCAGUGUUAUUGACUGUACGUUUGUAAUCGUUUUUGUCGCUCUGCUUUUUCUUGGCCAGGUCGCAGUUGUAAAUGAGAACUUGUUCUCAACUGGCCUGCCUGGUUAAAUAAAGGUGAAGUAAAUCAAUUCUGACUUCAUGGAUAGCUAAACAGACAACAUACCACCCUCCAGUUUCCUAUACUAGUUAUUAGACAUCUAAGCUAACCCCUACUAUAAGCACGUAUACCAACAUGAGCAACUCAAGUGAGCCUACUUUGACAAAUGUGGAUGGAAUCUUCCGCAUUCUUUCUGUUGUCACAUGAACAGAAUGCAGUAGGAGCAGGAUUUUGUCCAAAACUGAUUAACAGCAGCGUUUUGAAACUAAUCAAGCUUUUUAAGUUUAAAAAAAGGUAACAUUGAAGUAUUAGAACAUGAAGGACAAACCAUACGGCAUCAAUACACUAUCAAACAUGUAUCAGUCUUUCUGCAACAGCCAUCCUUGUGAGGGUGUGUGUGCAUGAUAGUGAUAAUGUCCGUUUCCUUUUUCAUGAUCACAAUCUUGUGAAAUCCAAACCCUCCAAGAUGUUCCCCAAUAGCUGUCCCUCAAUCAUUCCAGACCCCUCCCACCCCCCCCCCCCCCAGAAGAAAGACAAUUCCAUUCCCCACCCCCAAGAACCCGGAACUAACAAGGAAACGACAAUGUAAAACAAAAUGCAUUUAAAACAAAGGACAUCAAGGACAACAAAUCAUAACAGCAAUGCCAACUGUAUAUGUUUGUGUGCAUGUCUGGCACUAUUACAUGUGUAUUCUUGUAUGUGUUUAUUUGAAUGAGAGUGUGUGUAUAUGCAUGUGUACAAACACCUGCAUGGCAUCAGCCUCAGGCAAACUGACAUUAGUUGUAAAAACACUGCCACUUAGUCAUUAAAAUGUACUUUUAUUUUGA